CUCAUGAGUACCCGGUACUAUCAAAUAAUAGCCCCGGCCGUGGCGUUCAUGCUACUGGGAAUAACUGGGAUUAUACUGCUCGUCAUCCCGAUUGACGACAUGAGGGAACCUCCACAAUUCAUGUAUGGAGUAGUCCUGGAUGCAGGCUCGUCCCACACUGCCAUGUACAUCUACAAGUGGCCAGCUGAUAAACAAAAUGGCACAGGCAUUGUCACUCAGCACAGCGAGUGUCAUGUUAAGGGAGGAGGGAUAUCCAGCUAUGCAGCGGAGCGAGGGGGUGCAGGGCGCAGUCUGGAACGCUGUCUGGAACAGGCUUUGCAGGACAUUCCCAAAUCCAGACACCACCUCACUCCUGUGUAUCUGGGAGCCACAGCGGGUAUGAGGCUACUGAAUAUAUCCAACCCCACAGAGUCAGAGCAGAUACUGAAGGAAGUAGGGAGCAAAUUGCGUACUUAUCCUUUUGACUUCAGAGGGGCGACCAUCUUGAGUGGACAGGAGGAGGGGGCAUAUGGCUGGGUCACUGUCAACUACCUGUUAGAGAACUUUAUCAAGUAUGGCUUUGUGGGGCGUUGGCUUAGUCCUGGCAGAGAUACAGUGGGCGCUCUGGACUUCGGAGGCGCCUCCACUCAGAUUACCUUUGAGACCGCAGAUGUGGUGGAGGACAAGAGUAACGUCAUGGCGCUGCGUCUUUAUGGUCGAGACUACCACCUCUACACACAGAGCUUCCUGUGCUACGGCAGGGACCAGGUCUUACGCAGACUGCUGGCUCACUUGGUCAAGACUCAAGGUACUGUGCCCCAUGUAUCACACCCCUGCUAUCCAGCAGGUUUCAAUGUCUCCAUGAAGCUGGACAAGGUGUUUGACUCCCCAUGCACAGCAGACCAAAGGCCCUCUCCCUACAGCCCCCAGGACUCCCUGACAGUUAUGGGCACUGGGCAUUACCUGCAGUGCCUUGGCAAUAUGUCCAAGAUCUUCUCCUUCGACAGGUGCUCUUUCUCCAAGUGCUCCUUUGAUGGAGUCUUUCAGCCCAACGUCAGCGGCAGCUUCAUGGCCUUUUCUGCCUUCUUCUACACUCACGUGUUCCUGCAGCGCACAACAGGCAUCACUGUCACGUCUCCCACUCUACUAGAGGGAGCCGCCCGCACUGUCUGCAACAUGAGCUUCCAGGAGAUGCUAUUGAAGGCCCCAGACCAGAAGGGUCGUCUACAGGAUUACUGUGCAGCCUCUGUCUUUGUCCAGGUCCUCAUGCUCCAAGGCUAUGGCUUUGAUGAGCUCUCUUUCCCUCGGAUCUCUUUUCAGAGAAAGGCAGGAGACACCUCUAUUGGCUGGGCGCUGGGUUACAUGCUGAGUCUGAGCAGUCUGUUGCCAGGGGAGAGCAUGGGACUGAGGAAGGCUCUGCGCCCCGAGGCCUGGACUGGUCUCAUCUUCCUCUUUGUCUUCCUCAUCCUCAUUGUGCCUGGAUAUCUUCUAAUGAAGACCUACCAAAAGAAGAAGGGCAGUGAUGGCAUCAUCUAAGAAUGUCUUCAGGACACCAUUUGGUUAAUCUUCUCCCCAGUCAGAAUAUGCACUUUUUGGGCUGUCGUUAACCCAGCGCAAUUCUCAAACUUACGCUCAUUUGCAAUUUCGACCUGUUAAAGCAGGUGCUCUGCUAUUUUCAAACCCUUGCGCCAGGCUUGGUAAUUGACCUGUCUUAUAUCAGCUUGCUUGUGUCCUUAAAAACGUGUGCCAAAGUGCCAAUUUCAGGCAGCGCUGUGGUGAUAUUUAAAUACAGACCAAAAGCUGGUCUUAACUGUAUGACAGUUGUCUAUGGCAUGGAUUUUGCCAGCGGAGGUGCACAGUAUCCUAAUCAAUAGAAUAGCAUAUCACCAAUGUUAUAUUAAAAUAUCACUUUUGGGAGCAGCAAAACAGUCAACCCGUUUUCAUUUUAUUGGAUAAAAUGUAUGUCCAGCUCCUGUGAAAAGUUUAGACAUGUGCGAUGCCCAUGGAAUGAAAGAUGUCAAGCCUAUUUAGAAACAUUAAGUUGUUAUGUGUAGGAAGCAUAUUUUUAAAUAUCAAGUUGUUAAAAAGUCUUCUUGUUUUUUGUUUAUCAUUUUGUUGAAAAAUGUAUCUUCCACUGUCCUCUGUUGAUGUCAAAUCGUGGGAAUUAUGUUCGCUGUCCGUGGUGCUGAAUCCGCUAUUGUAUUGAUAUUUGCCUAGUCUCGUAAACCCGACCCUAGGUGGACGGGUACAUUGUGUGAGGCAACCUGUCUGCCUAUAGGGAGACUAAUAUUUGACUGUUUGUUUACCUUUACAAUUCUAUACAUGGCAAAGUCACCAUACAGGCCAUAUCAACGGCGAAGGUAGGCUAAUGUUAUUAUAACGUUUGGUAGACAAUGUCUAUUGCUCAGAUAUGCAAUGUAAUUUAGGCUAUAGACUACCAAAAUUCUAAUGCAAUAUUCCCAUGUUGAAGCCAAUAUUUUUUUUUUUUAAAGGCUCCCGAGUGGCGCA